AUGGCUCAACCUUCUGCCCCCCAGAAUCCCACUGGUGAGCCCGCUGCUCCCGUGGUUGACACCCCUCCCCAGGCCGAUGAUCAGACGCGAAACCAGAAUGCCGAUGUCGCUACCAAGUCGGCAGAUGGCUCUGUAGUCCCCAAGGUGAAGAGCGAGAAAGAACUGGAACGUGAGCGACGCAAGGCCGAGAAGGCGAAGAAAUUUGCCGAGAAGCAGGCAAAGGCUGCCGCCGCGAAACCCGCCGCCCCGAAGGCUGAGAAGAAGCCCAAGGUCGAGAAGGAGAAGACUACUGAUGCCUAUGAUCCCAAGGUCAUUGAAGCCGGUCGCUAUGAAUGGUGGGAGGAGCGCGGCCUCUUCCUGCCCGAGUUCGGCCCUGAUAACAAGGUCAAGCCUGAAGGCUACUUCGUCAUCCCCAUUCCUCCCCCCAACGUUACCGGUUCGCUUCACAUGGGCCACGCUCUCACCAACGCUCUUCAAGAUACCAUGAUCCGUUGGCAGCGCAUGAAGGGUAAGACCACCCUGUGGCUCCCCGGUAUGGACCACGCCGGUAUCUCCACCCAGAGCGUGGUGGAAAAGAUGCUCUGGAAGAAGGAAAAGAAGACCCGUCACGAUCUGGGUCGUCAGGCUCUUAUGGAUCGCGUCUGGGCUUGGAAGCAUGAGUACCACGCCAACAUCAAGAACGCGCUCCGCAGAGUCGGUGGUUCCUUCGACUGGACGCGUGAGGCCUUCACCAUGGACCCCAACCUGUCGGCUGCUGUCACCGAGACCUUCGUGCGCCUUCACGAAGAGGGUGUUAUCUACCGUGCUAACCGUCUGGUCAACUGGUGUGUGGCUCUCAACACCUCUCUGUCUAACCUCGAAGUCGAGAACAAAGAGGUGGAAGGACGCACGCUCCUGGAUGUGCCCGGUUAUGAGCGCAAGGUCGAAUUCGGUGUCCUGACUCACUUCUGUUACGAGAUUGAUGGCACGAAGGAGCGCAUUGAGAUUGCUACUACCCGUCCGGAGACCAUGAUCGGUGAUACCGGUAUUGCUGUGCACCCCGACGACAAGCGUUACAAACACCUGAUCGGCAAGGCUGCCCGUCAUCCCUUCGUGGACCGCCUGCUGCCUAUCGUUGCUGAUGCCGAUGUGGACCCUGAGUUCGGUACUGGUGCUGUGAAGAUCACCCCGGCCCACGAUUUCAACGAUUUCAACCGCGGAAAGGCCCACAACCUGAAGUUUAUCUCUGUGCUGAAUGACGAUGGUACCUUCAACAAGAAUGGUGGUCCCUUCGAGGGUAUGAAGCGCUUCGAUGCUCGGUACAAGGUGAUCGAGCUGCUGAAGGAGAAGGGAUUGUACGUGAAGUGGGAGAACAACCCCAUGAAGAUCCCUCGCUGCGCUAAGUCCAACGAUGUCAUCGAGCCUAUUCUCAAGCCCCAGUGGUGGAUGCGGAUGAAGGAACUCGCUGAGCCUGCUAUCAAGGCUGUCAAGGACGGUGAGAUUGUCAUUAGACCCGAAUCCGCUGAGAAGAGUUACUACCGUUGGAUGGAAAACAUCAACGAUUGGUGUCUCUCCCGCCAGCUCUGGUGGGGUCACCAGGCCCCCGCCUACUUGGUCAAGAUUGAAGGCGAGGAGUGCGAUGAUAGUGACGGCAACAACUGGGUCUCUGGCCGGACUGAGGAAGAGGCCCAGAAGAAGGCGGAGGCCAAGUUCCCUGGCAAGAAGUUCUCUCUGGAGAGAGACCCUGAUGUCCUCGACACGUGGUUCUCCUCCGGACUGUGGCCCUUCUCCACUCUCGGCUGGCCCCGUCAGACCCAUGAUCUGGAGAACCUCUACCCUACCUCUGUCCUGGAGACUGGUUGGGAUAUUCUCUUCUUCUGGGUUGCCAGAAUGAUCAUGCUCGGCAUCAAGAUGACGGGCAAGAUCCCCUUCCGGGAGGUUUAUUGCCACUCGCUCAUCAGAGAUUCGGAAGGUCGCAAGAUGUCCAAGUCUUUGGGCAACGUCAUCGAUCCUCUGGAUGUCAUGGAGGGAAUUGAACUCCAGUCGCUUCACGCCAAGCUGCUCACGGGUAACCUUGCUGAUAAGGAGGUCGCCACUGCUACGAAGUACCAGAAGAAGGCGUUCCCUAAGGGUAUUCCCGAGUGCGGUGCUGAUGCCCUGCGCUUCGCUCUUGUGUCUUACACUACCGGCGGUGGUGAUAUUGCCUUCGAUAUCCAGGUCAUCCACGGAUACCCUUUGGAGCAGCGUGAGUUCUCCGUCGUGGCCACUACGGUGUACCAAUACUGGUACUCCCAGCUUUGCGAUGUGUUCAUUGAGAACUCCAAAUCGCUCCUCGCGCCGGACGUCCCUGCUGAGGUCCAGGAGACUGCCAAGCAGACGCUGUACACCGCUCUGGAGGGUGCACUGCUCCUGAUCCAUCCCAUCAUGCCCUUUGUUACUGAGCACCUGUGGCAGCGCCUGCCCCGCCGUCCCGGUGACAGCACCAUCUCUAUCAUGAAGGCCCGGUACCCCGAGUACAAGGCUGAGUUCAACGACCCUGAAGCCGAGACCGCUUACGAGCUUGUCCUGAACGUGUCCAAGGCGAUUCGUUCGAUCCUGGCUCAGUAUGAGGUUAAGACCAAGGGCGACAUCAUUGUCCAGACCUACGAUGCUACCAGCCACAAGACUGUCUCCAAUGAGCUCAACAUCAUCAAGUCUCUUGGUGGCAAGACUCUGGGUGAUCUGAGCGUCAAGGGACCGGAGGACACCACCAGCCCCUCGGGCUGCGUUGUGUCUCCCGUCGGUGCCGAGGCGGCCGUCUACCUCCGUGUGUCUAAGGAGGUUGCGCUUGAGCAGGAGGAGAAGGCCAAGGCUAAUCUUGCAAAGGUCCGCGAGACGGUGCGCCGCCAACAGACCCUUGUGGGCAGCGCUGCCUGGCAGGAGAAGGCCAAGCCCGAGCAAAAAGGACCUCCCUGGCUAACGAUGAAAUCUCUGCACAGGAAGCCCAAGAAUCCGCGCACCGCGCGCAUCCUCAAGGCCAAGGAGCCUCAACUCAUCGAGCCGCCCAAACGGACGCUGGUGAUGCACGGAUCGAAAUGUCCGACGGCGCUGAACACGGUGCUUAAGACGUUCCACUCGCUGACGCGACCCAACUCGGUCCUGUUCCACAAGAAGAACGAGAACAUCCACCCAUUCGAGAACGCGGAGAGUCUCGAGUUCCUGGCCAACAAGAACGAGUGCGGCAUUGUGGUGUUCGGCAGCAGCAACAAGAAGCGGCCCAAUUGCGUGACGCUGGCGCGUAUCUUCGACUCCAAGCUGCUGGACAUGUGCGAGCUGAUGCUCCUGCCCAACCCGGACGGCGAGGAGAUUGCUCCCUUCAACAACCUGAGCAUGCAGAUUGGCGUGGGGAUGCGUCCGCUGCUGCUGUUUGCUGGGAGCGCGUGGGACGAUGCGACGUCGUCGGUGCAUGUGUUGCUGAAGAGCAUGUUCGUCGACAUGUUCAAGGGCGAGACCUCGGAUAAGAUCGACGUCGAGGGCCUGCAGUAUGCGCUGAUGAUCGCCGCGGAGGAGCCCACGGAGGGCCUGGCGCCCGUCGUCCACCUGCGCUGGUACAAGAUCCGCACCAAGCGCAGCGGUCACAAGCUGCCCCGUGUCGAGCUCGACGAGAUCGGCCCCAAGUUCGACUUCAAGGUCGGGCGCAUCCACGAGGCGCCGCGCGACGUCAUGAAGGAGGCGCUCAAGCAGGGCAAGCGGCCGAACGAGGAGGUUAAGCUGAAGAAGAACAUCGAGCUGGACCCCAUCGGUGAUAAGAUGGGUCGCGUGCAUCUGACCAAGCAGGAUCUGACCGGCUUGCAGACCCGCAAGAUGAAGGGUCUGAAGCGGCGCGCGGGCGUGGAGUCGGACGACGAGGAUCACGAUGUGGACAUGAUGGAGGUGGAUGAGAUUUCGGAGGACGAGGGACCCAAGAGGGUGAAGACGGCUUGA